AUCUUUUCUCUCAGCAUCUUCUUCUUCUUCUUCUUCUUCUCAUCCUUUGCACCUCAAUCAUGUCUUGCUUCAUUAGCAAAUACGCCGAUGAGUUAGCUAAGAACGCUGCCUACAUUGGCACCCCGGGAAAGGGUAUCCUUGCUGCUGAUGAAUCCACUGGCACAAUUGGCAAGCGUCUUUCGAGCAUUAAUGUAGAGAAUGUAGAAGAAAACAGGCGAGCUCUCCGUGAGCUCCUCUUCACCGCUCCUGGAGCACUUCAGUACCUUAGCGGUGUUAUCCUCUUUGAGGAAACCCUCUACCAAAAAACUGCCUCAGGCAAACCGUUUGUUGAUGUUUUGAAGGAAGGUGGUGUCCUCCCUGGCAUCAAGGUCGACAAGGGUACUGUUGAGCUGAAUGGAACCAAUGGUGAGACUUUCACUCAGGGUCUUGAUGGCCUCGCACAACGAUGCCAGAAGUAUUACGAAGCCGGUGCUCGCUUUGCCAAGUGGCGUGCUGUUCUCAAGAUUGCCGCCAAUGAGCCAUCUGAACUUGCAAUCCAAGAAAAUGCCAACGGGCUAGCCAUGUAUGCUGCCAUCUGCCAGCAGUGUGGCCUUGUCCCCAUUGUUGAGCCCGAAAUUCUUGUUGACGGACCACACAACAUCAAAAAGUGUGCUGAAGUGACAGAGCGUGUCCUUGCUGCUUGCUACAAGGCUCUAAAUGACCACCAUGUUAUGCUUGAAGGUACUCUUUUGAAGCCCAACAUGGUGACCCCAGGUUCUGACUCUCCUAAGGUUGCACCAGAGGUUAUUGCGGAGUACACCGUCCGCGCCUUGCAGCGUACAGUCCCUGCUGCAGUCCCAGCUAUUGUCUUCUUGUCUGGUGGGCAAAGUGAGGAAGAGGCUACCCUUAACCUUAACGCCAUGAACAAGCUCCAGACGAAGAAGCCAUGGUCACUCUCGUUCUCUUUCGGACGUGCCCUUCAGCAGAGCACUCUCAAGGCGUGGGCCGGAAAGGAGGAGAAUUUGAAGAAGGCACAAGAUGCUCUCCUUGUUAGGUGCAAGGCCAAUUCGGAGGCUACCCUUGGUACUUACAAGGGUGAUGCGAAGCUUGGUGAGGGUGCUGCCGAAAGCCUUCACGUCAAGGACUACAAAUACUAAGAAUAGCCUUGUGGUAUAUUGUGCCAUGUUCAGGAGAGUGAAUUUGGGUAUUGAUAUCAGGCCUAUAGUGUUUUUCUUUUAAUUAUUGGUUUUGUGCCGCUGCUUAUCGAAAUUAAGUUGUGAAAUCAGACAGACAAAUAAGCUUGGGGAGCCUUUGUGCUCCUCGAGUGUCGAUGGUAUUUUGUUGUUGUUUCUUUCAGCUUAAAACAAUUUUCUCUGCUUACAUAAAUGAUGCGUGAGCCUGCAUUUUGGCACAA